AGCCGCACCCACCGGUCGCUCUGCCCGCAGGCGCGGGCCCAGGCCGAGGCCCUCCGCAUGGGCGACGUGCAUUUCUCGGUGAAGCCGAGCGCCAGCGCCUCUUCGCCCAAGCUGCACUCGAGCGCCGCCGCGCACCGGCUCAAGAAGGACAUCCGCCGCUGCCACCGCAUGUCCCGCCGCCCCCUGCCCCGCCCGGACCCGCAGGGCGGCGGCCCGGGCCUGCGCCCGCCCAUCUCGCCCUUCUCGGAGACGGUGCGCAUCAUCAACCGCAAGGUGAAGCCCCGCGAGCCCAAGCGGAACCGCAUCAUCUUGAACCUGAAGGUGAUCGACAAGGGCGCGGGCGGGGCGGCCGCGGGGCCGGGCACCGGCGCCCUGGCGCGCCCCAAGGUGCCGUCGCGGAACCGCGUCAUCGGCAAGAGCAAGAAGUUCAGCGAGAGCAUCCUGCGCACCCAGCUCCGCCACAUGAAAGGCGACUUCCCCUCCGAGCCCUCACCCCAG